AUGAAAGUAUCCAAUGGAAAAGCAUUCCUGGAAGUGGACUUAAUGGAGCGAACUUGCACAUGUAAAGCAUGGCAAAUGUCUGGAAUCCCAUGUGAUCAUGCUUGUGCAGCUAUAUGGCGAAUGGGGUUUGAUAUAUCUGAUUAUGUUGAUGACUGGUAUAAGUACAAUUUGCAAGAGAAGAUAUACUCUGGAAGCAUGCGUACUUUGGUAACGCAUGACAUGCUAAUGGUUGAUGAAGAUGGAACCAUUUGUGAUGCCUUGGGUCAUACUUAUCCCUUUCUUAAUCCUCCAACCACAAAGCGACCUCCUGGAAGACCUAGGAAACGUUGA